AUGGUAGAGGAUUAUCAAACAGCUAACAAUGUUGUGGAAUCAAACUUAACUAAUAUGUUGUUGAAGGACUUGAAUGAACUCUUAAACCUGCACGGUAAAAAGAUUGAUGAUUAUGAUCUCCCAUCUUUACCCCCUAAUACAAUAGACAGAGGUGCAGUUCCAAGUAUCAUACAAGAGGAGUUAGCGAUCGAUAUCCCCAAUGAAGAUAUUGAAUCUAUUGCUAUGUUAAAUAAUGAUCAAAUGAUUGCAUUCAACACCAUUAUGAAUGUAAUUGUUCAAAAACACAGUGGAGUAUUUUUUAUUGAUGGUCCAGGAGGAACAGGUAAAACAUUCCUUUAUAGAACAUUAAUGGCAAGUUUAAGAAGUAGAGGAGAAAUUGUCUUAGCAACUGCAUCAUCUGGUAUAGCUGCAACAUUGUUACCCGAUGGUAGGACUACACACUCUCGAUUUAAGAUACCUAUUGAUAUUCAACCGAGUUCCAUUUGUGGUAUUGAAAAGCAAAAGGAUCUUGCAAAUCUCAUUAGAGUUGCUGCCGCAAUAAUUUGGGAUGAAGCACCAAUGAUAAACAAAAAUUGUUUGGAAGCCUUAGAUCGAGCAUUACAAGACAUUUGUAGCAACAGUGCUCCAUUUGGUGGAAAAGUUCUGAUCAUGGGGGGGGGGGAUUUUCGUCAAGUCCUUCCUGUUGUAAGAAAAGGUACUAAGGCACAAAUGAUUUCAGCGUGUAUUGUUCAGUCUCAUUUAUGGAAUCAUACCAAGAUUUUGCAUUUGCGUCAAAAUAUGCGAUCAUUGCAUGAUCAAGAGUUUGCAGAAUUUCUUAUCCGCAUUGGUGAUGGUGUCGAACCUACCAAACCAGAUGACAUGGUGAGGUUACCUUUACAUAUUGCAAUCCCAUGGGAAGGUGAACAUUCCAUACAAGUACUUAUCCAACAUAUUUUUCCUGAUCUAGAAUUGCAUGGUUGGGAUGCCCCAUAUAUGGUACAAAGAGCUAUUUUGACACCAACAAAUGAUGAUGUCCAGAAAUUGAAUGAUAUGAUUAUCGAUCAGUUUCCAGGAGAAGAACAUAAUUUGUUAUCGUUUGACGAGGUUGAAGGAGAUAAUCAUAAUUUAUACCAGCAAGAAUUCUUAAACUCAAUUGCACAAGGUAGUUUGCCACCUCAUAUUCUAAAGAUAAAAAAGGAUGCAUCAUUGAUGUUGUUACGAAAUCUAGAUCCUAGAUAUGGAUUGUGUAAUGAGACCCGGUUAUUAUGUCGUGGUUUAUUUAUGAAUAUGUUGGAUGUGGAAAUCCUGACAGGAAGCAACGCAGGAAAACGUGCUUUUUUGCCUAGAAUUAAAAUAAAAACAUCUGCAAGUGAUGGACUGCCUUUUGUCCUUAGUAGAAAGCAGUUUCCUGUGCGACUAAGUUUUGCAAUUACAAUAAAUAAAUCACAAGAACAAACCAUUCCAAAUGUUGGAAUAUAUCUUCCACGACAUGUUUUUAGUCAUGGACAGUUAUAUGUGGCUUUAUCCAGGGGUGUUUCACAGACUACAACAAGAGUUUUAACCAGGGAAGGAAAAUUGAAAGGAGAAGAUGGUGACUACACAAAAAAUGUAGUCUACAAACAAAUUCUUUUAUCGCACCCGCAGAUAACAGACUUUGAAGAUAAAUGGAACACGUGGAAGGAUGAACAAAGUAUUUCAUCCAUCGGCAAACUCGACAAUAAGGUCAAACGUUUGAAAAUUUACUCCAUCGGUUGGAGCUCCACGGUGAUAACAGAUAAAACACAACUUUGGAAAAUGGUGAAAAGAGAAAUAAUAUCUCAAAGGAUGGAGAGAAAUUCAGGUAAUUCAGAAACAAGUCAUAAUUGUUGUUCUACGAAAUCUAGACUAAAACAAAGUAUCUCCAUUCUCCAGUUUUUUAAAUCUCAAGAGCGCAUUGAUAAAGGGAUGUACGAAGAAUUGAUUCGAAUCUUUAUAAGGGAAAAAUAA